AGGUGGACUAAACGGAUAUUGCGUAUGUGAUCUUGGAUGACGGCAUGUGCAAAUUUUGCUGUGCAUUUACUUAGUGAAGGUUUAUGCUCUGCAUUUUGCCUCUUCUGUUUGUAACUAGUUGUGUAAAAUAUUGAAGCAAUGAAUCCUGUCAUUCGAAAGUUACAGAUUUCUGUCGUUCAACAUUCACGUGCACUGGACCAAGCUACAUCUUUGUUAAGCCGAUUAAACAUUUCAGUACAGCAUCCUUAUCAGGGCAGCCUGGCAUCAGCAAAUGCAAGACAAUACAGAAGCAUGCCUACUCAUGGAAUAGGCAGAUACAAGUACCUGUUGCCAAGAGAAGCACCUAAAAAGAAGAAGGAGAGGAAACAGAUGAAGAAGAUCAAAAAUCCAACAGAUACAGAGUAUGGGACGCUGAAUGUAAAAGUGUCCGGCUAUGACAUGGUCCUCGUGGAGCACUACAUGCAGUACGUUCACAACCUCUGCAAUCGGCUAAAGAUCAAAGUGGAUGAAAGCUACGCUUUACCCACAAAGAGCACAGAAGUCAUGCUUAUGCCGGAACAAGGCACCAAGAUGUAUGUAGAUGCCAUCCUCAAGACCCAUGAGCGAGUUAUUCAGCUGAGCCAACUGAAUGCUGCUCUGUGCCCCAUCUUUAUGGAGGUUCUUUUGAAGAAUCAGCCAGAGGGGGUUCAACUCUCUGUAAAGCAGCACACAGAGGCAGAUUUCCUGUUACGUUUCAAGGCACGUCCAGAGCUGGAAGGGCUUCUAGCAAAGAUGAACUGAAGACAAUUCCACUAUUAACAGGCUGGACAGCUUUUUUUCGCCUUUGGAAGAAUGGAUGUACAUUACUUUUUUCAACUUGUUAAACGUUGAUCCUAUUGUCUAUAUUAAAUAUUAUUUUGUUCAUGCUAUUGAAUAAAAGGGGAUGGGAAGUGGCAA